CACACUUUAUUAAUCUCAAUAAUAUUUUUCAUAACAUAUACAGUACGGAGUAUUUAACAAUAUUGCGGAAGCGAAUUUAAUAUUGACAUAUCAUAAAUCAUUUCAAAACUUGUCACAUCCAUCCCGACAAUCUCACCCCAUCUACCGCCAGGAUCACAUUAAUCUUUUUGUUUACCUGCGUGUAGCAAAUAAAACAUACUACACGCUCAGCGGUGAAGCUGAGUUCUAGAGACUAUAUAUAUCACGAUUAUGGGAAGAGUAUCUCACAUUCUCACAUUAUGGAAGGAACUUCUCGAACACUUCCUUACACCAUAAGAUUCGUUGGUCUUCUUGGCAGUCAUUCUCUUGGUAGAAAUCCAAAGUUUAUGGCUACUGCAGUAGAUUUAGGAAGGGAAUUGAUAAGGCGAAAGAUUAAACUUGCCUAUGGAGGAGGUAGUGUUGGCCUUCAAGGAGCUGUUGCUUCAACAGUCUUUACCAAUAGUGGUCUCGUUAGAGGUUUCAUUCCUGGUUACAUAGCAACACGAGGUGUCUACGGACCUAUGUACGGUGUAGAGCAUACAGUUUCCAGCAACUAUUACAAGUAUUUCGAGAUGAAUCAUGCCGUGGAAGCUUUCAUCAUUCUUUCCGGAGGAGUUGACACUAUGGAAGGUUUGUUCACCUUGAUUUCGUGGGCUUCUAAAGGGUUACACAAUAGACCCAUUGGUCUUUUGAACAUUGACGGUUAUUUCAAUAAUCUAAUCAAGUUUUUAGAUGAUGCGGUGAGGCAGAACUUCAUGGCUUCCAGUCAAAGAAAACUUUUCAUUUCUUCCUUCUUUGUUUGUGAGCUUUUAGACAAGCUAGAGUUCGCUAAAGCUUUUCCGGCUUUUGGGGCUAAUUAUGACGAGUUCGCAAAUCCCAGGGGAUUAGAUUUAGAAUUGCAUUUGUAACUUCCCUCAUAUAAUCCAAGUUGUAUUUUGUGUUGAAAUAAUAUUAUUCAUAAAUAUUAUUUAACGUUGUAUGGCUAGCGCAAACUACAUUUUCUUCAUUCUUCAGUCUUUCAUUGUCAGUGUCACUGUUUCACGUCAUAUCGUCACCACACUCGCGAUCUUUUCACGUCAAAAUCAUAUACGAACGAGUCAACUAUCUUAAUGAUUUAUUUUGUGAGCAUCACUUACUUCAUUUAUUCGAUCAUACUACAUCGACGUUUUCGAUGAUAAGCAAUUAAAUCAUUAGUCGCUUC